ACGUGUUGAAUUUAGGCCAACCGAUCGAUACUGAGAGCGUGGUUCAGGUUGCCUGAUGGUGAUGGCACUCCGUGCUUCGGCCGUCGGGCGUCCGCCGUCGGUUCCGCGGUCGCCGGAGCUGGCUCAGUCACCGAAGGCGCCUGUUCUUCUUCCUUGUAAAGGACGUGCAUCAUCGAAACAUCAACUGAACAAUUUGUCGCUGCCUCCUGCUGCUGCUGCUGCUUUUAAUGUAUUUGCUGCCAUUGCUGCUCCUGAUGAAGCCAGAGCUGUGACCAUUCCCAAAGAGCAGAUUGUCACUACUCUCAGUCAGGUGGAGUCCACAAUCGAUCAGAUUCAGGAAUUUGGUUCGAAAGUUUUCAGUACAACAAGCCAAGUGGUUGGAGUUGUGACAGAUGCUGUGAAGCCAGCAUUGCCUGUCCUGAAACAGGCUGGAGAACAGGCUGUGAAAAUUGCAUCUCCUGUGGUUUCUGAGGCUUCUAAGAAAGCUCAAGAAGUUCUCCAGAGUUCUGGAAUCGACACCGAGCCAGUGAUAACUGCUGCUAAGACAGUUGCUGAUGCUGCUGAGCAAACGACAAGGGUGAUCGGUGAGGCCAAACCCAUAGCUACCUCUACUGUUCAGACAAUAUCAUCUGCCGAACCAGCUGUGAUUUUGGGGACCGGUGGUGCAUUAGUCAUCGUGUACUUCUUAAUUCCUCCAAUAUUUUCUGCCAUCUCCUUCAGCCUUCGAGGUUAUCAAGGUGAUUUGACAGCUACUCAAGCUUUGGAUCUUAUGUCCACAAAGAAUUACAUCAUGAUCGACAUACGGCCAGAGAAGGAAAAAGGCAAGGCCGGCGUUCCUCGCCUUCCCAACAAAGCUAAAAACAAAUUGAUAUCUAUCCCGUUAGAAGAGUUACCUAACAAACUGAAAAGCCUGGUCGGAAAUGUCAAGAAAGUCGAAACAGAACUGCUUGCAACGAAGAUCUCUUAUCUCAAAAACAUAAACAAGGGAUCCAACAUCGUGAUACUAGACUCGUAUGCAGAUUCAGCUAAAACAGUUGCAAGAACACUGACGAAGCUCGGGUUUAAGAACACCUUUGUUGUGGCUGAUGGCUUCUCUGGAGGCAAAGGGUGGCUGCAGAGCCGCCUGGGUGCAGAUUCGUAUAACGUAUCUUUUGCUGAAGUUAUAUCGCCUUCACGCGUUAUUUCUGGUACAGCUGCAGGUGGUCGGCUUGGCUCGCGUAGCCCGGCUUCGGGUACGACUGGCCGACGGCUCGGGACGGCUACACCAAGCCCAGCCAAGCUGCUUCCUGGAGGCUCGGAUUAAGGUACCACACUUGUGUUCUUAUUAAAUAACUUUUUUAUUUAUUUUAUUUUUAUGCAGUUAAUUUUACUAUUAAGUUUUAUGUUUAUGGUUUGUGAUUGAUGAAUGUGCAAUUUGUUAUGUAAUAAUAAUAAUAUAAUAUUGUUAAGUAUAAUAUAUAUAUAUAUAUAUC